GCUGCUGCUGCGCCUCCUCUCACUCUCCCUGGGACUCCCUCUCAUCCUCGUCCUCCUCUGCAUCCAUCCGAAAGCUGCUGCGCGAGGAGAAAAGUCACUCCAGCUGGAUCCGGACUGAGAAGAAAGUCCAUCCGAGGAGAGUUUGGGAAGUUUUUCUCCCUUCUUCCCGCAGCAGAGGUCGUUUCCUACUCUGGUGAUGCUGUGAGCUCCUCACUGCCUCGCGGUGCGUCCUUCCUCUCUCCCCGCGUCUCCGUCCAGCAGCAGUGCGUAAAACCCCAGCCCUCCCCCUCAUCAGAGCCUCCGCAGCCCGCCUCACCUCCAGCAUCUCCAGUCUCUCUUGUCUCUCUUGUCCUCUCACCUCUAACAUGGAUGUGUUUAAGAGCCGCUUGUUGGGGAUUUCCGUGGCCGUGGCGCACGGCGUCUUCUCCGGUUCGCUCAACAUUUUGCUGAAGUUCCUCAUCAGUAAUUAUCACUUCAACUUCCUGACGCUCAUCCAGUUCCUGACCAGCUUCACCGCGGCGAUCACCCUGGAGACCCUGAGGCGGCUGGGGAAGGUCCAGAUCCCCCCGUUCAGCAUACAGCUCUCCAAGGAGUUUGCCACGGUGUGCAUCCUCUCCACGCUGCAGUCCACUCUCACCCUGUGGUCGCUGCGCGGCCUCAGCCUGCCCAUGUACGUGGUCUUCAAGCGCUGCCUGCCCCUCUUCACGCUCAGCAUUGGUGUGUGCGUGUUAAGGAACGGUGUGCCGUCCAUCGGCGUGGUGAUCGCCGUGCUCAUCACCACCGGUGGAGCCGUGCUGGCCGGUGCCGGUGAUCUGACUGGCGAUCCCUUUGGCUACAUCACCGGUGUACUGGCAGUGAUCAUCCAUGCUUCCUACCUGGUUCUGAUCCAGAAAACCAGCCUGGAUAGUGAGUACGGACCCCUCACUGCACAGUAUGCCAUCACCAUCAUGGCAACUCCGGUGUUGCUGAUCUGCUCCGUCAUGUCCAUGGACGCCUUCAACAUGUGGUCGUAUGAGGGAUGGAAGCAGCCUGAGAUCACGGGCAUCUUCAUCCUCUGUAUCUUCAUCGGCUGCGCCAUGAACUUCACCACGCUGCACUGCACCUACAUCAACUCUGCCGUCACCACCAGCUUCGUCGGUGUGGUCAAGAGCAUUGCUACCAUCACCGUCGGCAUGCUGGCGUUCAAAGACGUGGCGCCGACGCAACUCUUCAUCGGCGGCGUGGUGGUGAACACUGUCGGCUCCAUCACCUACUGUGUGGUCAAAUACUUUGAGACCAAGAAAAAGAGCUUGUAUGAGGAUCUGGAGAAGGUGGGAGGAGACGCCCUGCAGCCUGGGGAGCCCUGCAGAGAGAAACCACCUCUGGACGACAACGGGGCCACCCCUGGUUCAGAUUCAGGACAACCAGGGACCGGAGGAGAGACGAACGAGAAGCAGGCAGUGGUGACAGAUCAUUUAGCUAAUGGAGAGUUGCAGACAGAGAGUGGACCAUAUGAAGGAGAAGAAGGAGGCCUGAAGGCUGGUGUGAUGUCAGAAAAAGAGAUGCUGGAGAUGCAGAGGGAGCACAUCCACAAGGAGAACGUCGGAGAUGGUCAAUCAGCCAGUGACAGGUUUGUCGGGGUUUGGAGGUCCAUCAGGCAUCUGCAGUUCACAAAGAAAGAGAACUUGAUCGACAACAUGGAGCAGGAGAGUCCGUAAACCUGACAGGACCUGAAAAGGAAAUCAAGAAAUAACUUCCAGGAUGAAGAAAGCAGAGGAGUAGAAACUACUGACAAAACCUCAACCAGAUGUCCACCUGGAACCUCUUUUACUAGCAUCAGCAGCGCUUAACAAAUGCUUGUUGGUCAUGUUGGCUGCUGUUGCGACACCUCAGUGGAAGCUUUAGUGCUAAAAGCUCAGUUUCAUCACCCAGAACUAAAGAAGCGCCUCUAAGCAGGAGGCCAGUCGACAUGUCCUUUAUCGAGAGACAGAAAAGAGGUUCCCGGUGGAGGAAAAGUGGAUGAAGAGAAGCUGCCUGGUGGUGAUAAAUUCAGCUUCUCGUCCCUCCGGCAUGCAGCGGGGAGAUUGCAGGCCAUGGUGUAGCAUGAUGCAGUUUGCAUCCCUGCUGAUUUCCCAGGUCAAGAUGAAAAUCCAACCUGGAAAGAUCUGCACAUGACCAAACUUUAUGUUUGUAUUAAAAGCUGGGGAACCGUCUGUGAGCGGCGUGGGAGUGGGAUUAACUUUGUCCUGGCUGUCGUAGGUGUGAAAAUGAGUUGAAAUGUUUCUCUCAAACCCUGCAGGUCCACUUCACUGUCGCUUUACCGUUUGUUUCCCUCACUGUCAACACAAACCAUGACGGCAAGAAUUUCCCAGAUGAUACAUGUCGGAGCUCAUCUCACGUCGUUUUUACUUCUAACUGCAACAAUCUGGUUGUAACUCGAACGUAAAUGUGCUGCUUGUCAUUUUUCCCCAGUUCAGCGGGAAAGACAUAAUACAUACAUAUAUAUAUACAUAUAUAUAUAUAUAUAUAUAUAUAUAUAUAUAUAUAUAUAUAUGUGUGUGUGUGUGUGUGUGUGGGUUUGUGUGUGUGUGUGUGUGUGUAGUACUUGAUCAAGAUGCCGAAAGGUUUUCUGGUUUCUGCUCCUCAGGUUCUUGGUUUUCCAUCUUCAGUGCUUAAACGAUUUAAAUGUUAGCGUGAGCUCCAGGUCAACGUUUUUACCCACUGAUUCAGAGGCGAAAAGAGUUUUCAUUUUUCAGGACGAACAGUCGUUUGUGAAACCGUUUAAACCCGUUUUGACAGUAAAAUGUGUUUGUUUCUUUCAUUCAUCUCAUAAAGGGACUUCGUCUGUACUGCUGAUGU